AUGGAAACUCGAGGGGGAGCGAAGGGGAUUGAUGAGACUGGUUUCACAGGGCAAUUGGAGGAGGGGACUGAGUAUCCAGGACAGUGGCGAUCACCAGCAGUUUGCACUGCCCCAGGAUAAAUCCCAACCCAAGAAAAAGAAGAAAAAAACAAAAACAAAACUAAGCUGUUUGGAGAUGGAACCCGGGCUGAUGGCGGCUCUUCAGAUCAUCCGCUAAUGUUAUAGUUUGGGAUUAUUAGAAUUUGUUGCUGUUGUGAACCUAUUCUUGGAAUCUCUUCUUCCUGACAUUAACUUGGGACAGAUUUAUUUUUAUUCUGCAUUUUUAAAAAGAAUUUCCCUUCCACUUUGUUUUAAAAUACAUCCACGGUGGAAGAUGGCUGCUUGCAGGCGCUCACUCUGUUUAAUAGCAGUUAUACAGUUGUGCCUGAUGCUAUCAUGUACAUCGCAAGAAAGCUUUCCUCAAGCUAACGAUAUACGGUCAUGGGCGGAGAAAAUGAAGGAUGACCUGGUGAAGUUGGUGCGUGCUUCGAGUGGAGUGGAUCAGAUGGAACAGAUUUACUUAAAAAACAGACAAUACUACACAGUUGAAACAAACAAUGCUCGGCGUUUGGUGGAAAGUGCAGCAAGGGAGAUUGAAAAGCUUUUAAGUAACAAAGUGGAAGCCCUGCAGAGACUUGCUCAUGCUGCAGAGGACUUUCAGGUGCGCCAUGUUUGGCAAGAAGAAUUUGGGGAUAAUGAUGUGAUAUACUACAAUGCGAAGGAUGACCUCAUGAGUUCUGACAGAAAUGAAAGCCGUCCAAGGAUCAAACCUGAUUUUCACUUCAACCAAGCUUUCCGACGCCGUGUGGACUUCAACCACACAGCUGUCCACAUCCCCACUGACAUCUAUGAGGGCUCAACUAUUGUUCUAAAUGAGCUAAGCUGGACUUCAGCGCUGGAUAGCAUUUUCAAGAAGAACAAAGAUAAAGACCCCACAUUAAUGUGGCAGGUGUUUGGAAGUGCGACUGGCCUGGCUAGAUAUUAUCCAGCAUCGCCGUGGGUUGAUCUAACAAAGACUGCCAAUAGGAUCGACUUGUAUGAUGUUCGGAGAAGACCAUGGUACAUUCAGGGAGCUGCUUCACCCAAGGACAUGCUCAUUCUUGUAGAUGUGAGCGGAAGUGUGAGUGGGCUAACAUUGAAACUAAUUCGGACAUCAGUCUCUGAGAUGUUGGAAACACUAUCUGAUGAUGACUAUGUGAAUGUGGUUUCUUUCAACAAUCAAGCAAAAUCUGUCAGCUGCUUCAGACACCUUGUGCAAGCUAAUGUUCGGAAUAAGAAGGUUCUCAAAGAUGCAGUUAAUCAAAUACAGGCAAAAGGGAUCACUGACUAUAAAAAAGGGUUUACAUUUGCUUUUGAACAGUUGCUAAAUUUCAAUGUUUCCAGAGCUAAUUGCAACAAGAUCAUCAUGCUAUUUACAGAUGGUGGGGAAGAAAGAGCCCAGGAAAUCUUCACAACGUACAACCAGGACAAAAAGGUGCGAGUGUUCACCUUUUCAGUCGGUCAGCAUAACUAUGAUAAAGGACCAUUACAAUGGAUGGCCUGCACCAAUAAAGGCUACUUUUUUGAAAUUCCUUCCAUUGGAGCAAUACGGAUAAACACACAGGAAUAUUUGGAUGUGCUUGGAAGACCAAUGGUUUUAGCUGGCACAAAGGAAAAACAAGUUCAAUGGACCAACGUGUACCUGGAUGCAUUGGAACUCGGUCUUGUUAUCACAGGAACACUGCCCGUCUUCAACUUGACUGAAGAUGCUAGUGGAAGCCAGAAUCAAUUGAUUCUUGGAGUGAUGGGCAUUGAUGUGUCUCUUGCGGAUGUGAAGAGACUCACACCACGUUACACUCUUGGGCCUAAUGGAUAUUACUUCGCAAUCGACCCUAAUGGUUACGUAUUGCUUCAUCCAAAUCUCCAGCCUAAGUCAAUUGGUGUAGGGAUCCCAAAGAUUAAUUUAAGGGAAAGGCACCCUAAUGCACAGAAUCCCAAAUCUCAGGAGCCCGUCACUUUGGAUUUUCUAGAUGCGGAAUUGGAGAAUGAAAUGAAAGUGGAGAUUCGGCACAGCAUGAUAGAAGGUCAAAAUGGUGAAAAGACUCUCGACACUCUGAUCAAAUCCUACGAUGAGAGGUAUAUUGACAGAGGGACUCGAACGUAUACCUGGACUCUCGUGAAUAGUACAGAUUACAGUUUGGCACUGGUUCUUCCGCCAUACGGUUCCCACUACAUCAAAGCCAAACUGGAUGAGGUUAUCACCCAGGCGCGGCACUUAGAAUCAAUACUGCCCGAUAACUUCGACACAACAGGAUAUGUAUUUCUCGCCCCAAGGGAAUACUGUAAUGGGCUCACUCCUUCAAGCAACAACACAUCAUUCCUUGAGAACUUUAUUAACAUUAUCGACCGGCAAACUCCAAGUUCUCCAGAAUGCAAAACUGACCUGAUCAAUAACUUGUUACUUGAUGCUGGAUUUACAAGUGAACUUGUAACAAACUAUUGGGCAAAACAAAAUCCGGCCGGUGUUCUUGCAAGAUUCGUAGCGACUGAUGGAGGAAUUACAAGGAUUUACCCCAAAAGUGCUGCAGAAGAAUGGACAGAAAAUCCAGAGACAUAUGAAGCAAGUUACUACAAAAGGAGCCUAAACAACAAUAUUUACGUCUUCACUGCACCAUAUAUCAACAAAACAUGGGAUGGAAUACAGAGCAGCGCAGAGUCUGGUAUUAUGGUGAGCAAAGCUGUUGAAAUUAAAAUUGAUGGCAAACUUCUGAAACCUGCAGUUGUUGGAGUAAAGCUUGAUGUAACUGCCUGGAUGGAGAACUUCACCAAAGUAGCAAGUAAGAGCAAGUGUUAUGGUGAAAUCUGUGACUGCACAAAGAAUAGCAAGCAUUUUGACUGUGUUAUAUUGGAUGAUGGUGGGUUCCUGCUUAUGUCAAACCAGGAUGAAUAUAUUGGAAAGAUUGGCAAGUUCUUCGGUGAGAUUGAUCCAAGCCUGAUGAGGCGCCUUCUAAACACAUCGCUGUAUGCCUUUAACAAGUCCUACGAUUUUCAGUCUGUGUGUGAUCCAGAAACAGAGACAAAAGCAGCAGCUGGGCUUCGCUCAGUCUUUGUUCCCAGCAUAGUCGAUAUUUUGAAUAUAGGUUGGUGGGCAUCAAGUGCAGCAUGGUCCUUACUGCAGCAGCUGUUCCUCAGCCUUACCUUCCCACACUUACUUGAAGCAGUUGAUGCAGAUACUGAAGAUUUCUCUGAACCUUUAUCAAAGUCCAGCUGUAUCACUGAACAGACUCAGUAUUACUUUUAUGACAAUGAAUCAUCCUUCUAUGGGCUUGUGGAUUGUGGAAACUGCUCAAGGCUUUACCAUGCGGAGAAGCUCUCCAAGACAAACCUGGUGUUUAUACUGGUGGAGAGUAAGCCCACAUGUCAGUCAUGUGACUCAAAGCCCCUAAUGCAAGCAGAACAAAAAUCUGAUGGACCUGAUCCCUGUCUUUUGGCUCAGAACCCCAGGCACAGAAAAGGUCCUGAUGUAUGCUUUGAUUCUGACGAGCGUGAGGAUGAUUCUGAAUGCGGCAGUGGCUCUCGUCUGAGCCCAUCCUUAUGGUCAAUGAUAGGGAUUCAGCUGGUUCUCCUCUGGCUGCUAAGUAGUGCCAGACAUUAUCCAUCAUGACUGCAGAGAACGGACAGCCAUCUCCGCUUUCUAGACCCACCACACUGUAGCUCUGGAUUAAACUAGGGAAUCUUUGUCCCCAAGCAGUAGAAGACUGACCAUUUCCAUAUCCUGGUGUAUCACUGUGUCAAAGAUUCAUUGUUGACUCUCCAUUUGAAGAAUGGUCAAGGUGCUCCAUUGACAAGUUUUUUUUAAAGAAAAUGUUAAGUCAUACAAUGGUAGCAAAUUGGAUUGUCAAUCCUGAAAUGUGCCAGGCAACUAUGGGAAUGCUAAUACAUUUAUACAAAGAAACAAUUCAUAAAAAAGAUCUAGAUUUAUUUAUCAUUAGGUUCAUAUUUUGUUUAGCUUACUUUGAUCAAGAUAAAAGGGUAUUCUUUAUUUAUGGCUUACAUUGACUGACUGUAGCUAAUUUUAAAACAACUUACAUGGGCUAGCGACAUACAGGCACAAUCAGCUGUCCUAUUGGUAUAAAGCCAGAAAGCUUAGAUAUGACCAUGUUGGGUACCAACCAGUAAUUGCAAUCUUUUUAAGGUUUUGAUACACCAAAGUACACUGAUUAUUCUGUGGCUGUGUAAUUAUAUUAUUGUUAGCUAUUCUGUUACCAAAGGAUGCCUGUAACCCUCUCCUUCUCUCUCAUUAAGCCAUAACUCUAUGCCUGAUGCCCUUCAUGUUUGCUGAAGCAAAUGCAUAAUGAUUGUUGUAUCCCACACAAGGAAUAGUGCUAAGGCUUGUGAAUGAAAAAGCUGUUGUUGUGGCAAUUGAAUUUUGGAUACUGAUGCUUUUUUUGCAUGAAGAUUCUGCUACUAUUUUCUCAUUCGAUUUUACUGUAGGAGUGUAGUUAAUGUGCAAGAGCAACUGAGUGAACCAAAUGUUGUUGAUGUGAAAUUUAGAUAAUAUGAUGUAAUAUAACUGUUUCACUUAUAACAACUAAAUGUUGUCAAACAUACCUCUUUCAAAGUGCAGUGAGCAGGCUGAAAAGAUGGGAAUUUUACACAAAGGCAAUUUCAAAAUUUGGAUUUUGUUUUCAACAGUUGGGAUUGAGCCAAGGGCUCUCAUUAAAACUGUAAGCCAAUAUAGCUGUGCAAUUUAUGUAAUACAAGAAAAAUAAGACUUGUAUGAGGUAGUUGGUUGAAUUACAAGAAAAUUCCCAAAGGCAGCAAAACAAUUUGAAGUAAAGCUGAAAUUUGGUAGACAAUUGAUUCUAUAAGAAACUUAUAUGUUGGGAUCCCUGAUAAUUGAUUGUCAGGAAUUAAAUUUUACAUCACAGCAAAAUAGGAAUUUUAUAUAUUAAAAAUUAUGAUGUGGUCUAAGGAACCCAAAACAUUAUAUGCCAACAAAAUACAAAAAGUGUGCAUUUUAGUUGAACAGUGUUUUGAGGUCAUACAAUCAACAAUGUUCACUUCAUUUAUAUUUCAGCCUGUCUUAGUGCGCAAUGUUUAUUGAUUGUGCAUUAAUCUUUUUGUUUAAUUUUUGAGAAUCAUCCUCUGGUCUUGGUCGUAAAUGGAUGUAACUCGAAAGUAUUUAAAUUGGAGUGCAUGCUUUGUCAACAUCAGCCAUCUGGGGCUAAACAGAGGGACAUUUUCCUCAAAAAAACACAGUUAAAAUUACUAAAGAAGUUAAGCUGCAUCAGUGAAAGGAAUGAAGAUGGCAGUGGAUCAUUAAAUACUUUGGUUAUCUCUGCCAUCUACUUUUAUUCAAAAAGAAAAAUACACUAAGACUUUUGCAUGAUCAGUUCAGUAUUUUGAAAAAUAUAAGUAAUCCGAUGUUAAAGUAUGUGGAAACAGUAUUGAAAAUGUUUUGGACAAGUUGAGGAGGGUUUUGUUGUAUGACCGACUGAUAUCUUUUUGAGUAAGGAUUUCUGUUGAGAAUCUGUCGAUUGUGGUACCAAAUUCAAUGGAUUCUGCAGCUUUUGUAUCAGUGAGCCUUUUGCUGGCAGAAGUUUAGUUGUUAGUUUUCAUUGAUUCAGUAUCAGAUUAACAGGCAGUUUUCUCCACUUUAGGGCAAGGGCCAGGAAUCUUGUCCGUUGCACUAUUGAAUAUGGUCUGCCCUGUGCAGUGACCUGGAGACUUGCUAUGACAUCUGAUUUGUGGGUUUGCCAAAGUGAUACUGUAGCAUGUGACCAAUGCAUUGUCUCUCAGUCAUUUUGUCCUUGUGAGGAGUGAGUCCACAUUCAAGAACCUUUCAGAAAUUGAAACACAUGGAGAAUUCUUCCCUGUAAAUAAAACAAUGCAAGUUCAUCAGUGGACUAUAGAUGCUCUCCUACUUGUAACUUCACCUAGUCAUCUCAAAGGGCAAACUAUUUGAACAUUAAUGAGCUAUUUCAUGUCUGACCAGGCAGUAUUAUUCUCAGUCCACUUAUCUAUUGACUGCAUUUACUGAAAAUGUAACACUGAUGCAGAACCCACCAGCAAACCGCCAGCAUGUCAAGUAGCAACAAGGACAAACAACAACUAAAAAGGUCCCCACUUUAUUAUUUGUUUCUCCUUUUUUCUCUUGACUACAUAUAUGAUUUCCUGACAGAUAGUUCAGGCAGUUCCCUCUCUCUGAGGAUACUGCUUUGUAACAAUCAUCAACAAGUAAGCAUUCUGGGUUAAUUUCUCCUCACAUUUGUUUUCUGCCAUGGUGAAGUUGAUGCUCUCCUUUUAAGUGUGUACUCUUCAGUGCAAAUUUUCCUUCUGAAAUAAUUAAAACUAUUGUAAGACCAGAGGUAGCUUACUCCAAUUUAAGUGCUGUCCUGGCACAGUUGAUUGCCUGUGUAAACCGGCCAACUUGGUGUCAACCUGGAUUUGCCAAUGAACUAUAAAGAGAGAGAGCAUAUGGGAGAAGAUAUGAUGUAGCAUUAACUUUAUAACAUCUAGCUAUGAACAUUUAUGAAUAAUAUUUUAUGUAGAAAAGGAGCUUGCAUCCUGUUUGUUAAUUUUAGUGUCACAAUUCAGAGAUGAUGUCAUAAAUAUAUCAAGAUUUCAAAAUUAAUGCAUUUUUCUCUUUUUAUUCCAUAUUACCAUAUUAAGUUUGCUUUGUAUGCAAAUAUGAAGAAACUCUAUUCAAUAUUUUACAACCUGUGGAGAAAUAUUCAAAUUUAUGUGUCUCUUUUUCUGUUCAGUAACUUGCAUUGUGUUACUGUAAAUCAUGUAUAUUAUACUGUGGUGAACACUGAGCCAGAUUGGUUUAAGAUUCUGAGAAACCACUGCUGCUCAUAAGUUUGACGAAUUGAACUGAGUACAUUUUUGCAAAAAGUAUUUUGCCACCAUGCAAUCGGACCAUCCUCAGCUCAUUCACUCCGAUACAUAUGUUUAUUGCCAAAUGGAAAUUCACAACAGAUAAAGGAAAUGGUUAGUAUAGUCAUUGCCAACCUAAACGUGCAUGGAUUUUCUUAAGGAAUUGACUACUUUGGGAUUUGCAUUUACUUAUCACUUUCAGGAAACCUAAUUGGUAUAUUCUGCUAAAUUUCAAAAACCAGUGUAAAAUAUAAAACAAAGCUGCUUCCAGCCCUCCCUCAUGUACAAUUUGUCAGUUGUACAGAAUUCUGUUAUGAAAUUUGGCUUGAUUGUAUUUAUUAUAAAGAACUAAUAGAUUGUAGAUGCCUUUGCAGAAAGUUAUGAGUGGUUUGGUUUUUGUUUUUAUCAUAUUACUUGUUUUGAAAUGGGUUUGGAGAAAUAGAUUGAUAGAUGUACUUCCUCAGUUUUUUUUAUGAUGGCUGUAAUCCCAAGAGUAAAUUGAAUCUAGCCAAAAGACUGAUGUUAAGAAUCUGAAUCAAUAUGUGCUAAGAAUAUUGCUUCACAACCAUUGUAAUAGUUAUCUUGAUAUUUGUUAUCCUCUAACUCCAAUCAGAAUGAAUGUACAGAUCAUUUCAGGUAUUGGAUAGUCAACCUGUGAAGACAAAAGGGUCACCCAAUACAGAUGUGAAGUACUUGAGUGAGUUGGAUGCAAUAAUUCUGAUCAGUUGUGAAUGAUCCAAAUUCAGUGAAACAAUUAUUUUCUUAUUCACAGAAUUGUGCUGAGAAUAUACAUUCUUCUUCAUGUGAGUUUUUGUUUUUCUUUCCAUUAUCAAGAUAAUAGGUGUUUUCCUGAUGACUUUAUUCUGCUCUCCUGUUAGUAGAAACAUAUUACUAUCUGUCACAUUUUUAGUGAUGGCAACAGCUAAUGAGUGGUAACUUAGCAGCAUAAAAAAUAUUCUUUGGCAUUGGGACUACAUGUGAGUCCCAUGCCUGAAGUCCCAUAUAGUGUGUGUAGUUUAUCUGGGGAUUCUUAAACAACCAGGGAUGGUAGGUGGGUUGUGCAGGCAGGAGAGCCAGAGUGGCUCAAGUUGUGGGAAGUAGCCAGCCUCAUUAGGAGAAGUGAUUGCUGCCACUGUAGGUAGAAUACUGCAAAUGAACCCCAUGGAAACUUCAAACAAUGUUGAUAAUCUCUUUGGCCACAGUUGUCAAGCCAGCCCCAAGCAGCAGGAUUUGUAAACGUCUGGAGCUCUUUGCUCUGGGGUGGAAGGAGUUAGGAAAUUAAAAGAGAUUUUACUGGCCUCCUGGGUUGGCAUUUCCAACUGUCUCUUGGGCUUCAGUCUCAGUGAAAUUAGGAGGGGCAAGAUGAGCCAGGGGCAGGAGCAGGUAGCGGUGUUACCAAUCUUCCCUGUCUGGGCAUUUUAUUCCCAUUAAUUUGCUUUUGCUAUUCUCACGAUUGUUAGUGCUGCCUUCUGCAUGGUCAAUUAGAGAUGUGAAAUUUCAAACAUCCUCUGCUAUUCUGCUUCUUUCAAGCCAAAUCCAUGUGUCUAAUAUGAUUCUACCCACUAUGUUCACGUACACUGUCAUUAAGGUGAAACAAAACUCUGUGAAUAACUGAGCAGUGUACACCAUUCCCCUUCUUCCUCCAAGUGCCAGGGACCUUUCCAAUGUUACAACUUUUCAAUGUAACAGUCUAUUCUUUUCAAACUGUAGAAGCUUGAAGAUGUGCUGUUAGGGUACCUGCACACAACUGAACCUUAAAUUAACUUGUAAUUGAUGCAAUGUUAAAAUAACAUAUGGCAGCCUCUUUGAGGUAGGAGAAUAUGAGGACUGCAGAGGUUGAAGAUUAGAGUCGAGAGUGUGGUGCUGGAAAAGCAUUGAGGAGCAGGACAAUCAACGUUUCAGACAUAAGCCCUUCGUCAGGAA